AUGUUUGAGGGCGAGCAGCAACAGAGCCAGCAAGGACCCAACGAUUUCGUUCUUAUACACUGGACUAAGCUUCACGCGAAGGAUAAAACAAUCGAGUUCUUGCGCUGCCGUCAGUCCAAGUCUGACAAGCGCAUCGCUAGACUCAAGGUGCGGCUGGCCGCUGCAGAUGAAUUGGGUCGAAACUGGGUGCAGACGAUCACGCUUGCUAAUUCCAAGGUCAAGGUGAUUGAGACAAAGCCUCAAGUUGGUACUGAGCAUUAG